AUGGCAAGAGAAAAAACUCCAAAAUUUUUACCGGAAAACAGUUGCAGUAAUGUCGGAGGGAUUUGCAUAGAUAAAAAUGAUUGCGAAUCUGAAAAAAUUAGUACUGCAGGAUCAUGUCCGCAACAAGAAGACAAAGGAGCAGUUUGUUGCCUUGGUUUGUCACGCUCCGAAACAUCUUGUUCUGGUCUCGGUGGCCAAUGCAUGAAGACAUGUUCGGAUAAAUUAAUUAUAACUCAAGCUUUGAAUUGCGAAGGUGAAGAAAAAUGUUGUUCGUUGGUUUAA